AUGGCAAUACUUAUGGCACAGGUACCAUUGUUGGAGUGGCGGAAGGCGCUGAAGCCUCUCCAGACAAGCAAGCGACGGGUCCGUUUUACACCAUCUCAAUUUAUCACGUGGAUACACCCGUCCAGAAAGUCUUCCAGGGUGUCAAAGAUGUCGACUGCCGCAUACAGUAUGUCGCCACUAGCGGUAUGGCCCCGGUUAGGAGCGGCGACCUAUGAAUGUAUAAAGAAAGAUCAGUCACGUAGCUGA